AGAGAGAGAGAGAGAGGGUGAGGUGUAGAGAGAAAAACACACCACCGCCAUCAGACACCUGUCAGUGCAGGUGGAGAGAGUGACUGCUGGUUAUCUGAACCUGGAGAUUUCACUGGAGGACUAACUUUUAACUCCUUGGACUGUUUGUCUUUUCCCUUUUCAACCAUCCAGACUUUGUAUGCGUGUGUUUUAUUUAUUAUUAGUUUUUCUAACAUUGGUGAACUUUAGUUUGAAGAUUUAGUCGUGCCUCUGACACCAGUGGAUGUAGUUGAUGGUUACUGAAUCCCAAUAUUUUGGCUUUUUCCAAGGAGUGAAAAGUGUUUGAGGAGGGACAUUUCCAUCGCAGACAUUUAUUCUGAGACUAACUCUUCAUCUUUAAGGAGUUUGGCGUGGUUGCGUCUUUUCUCAAUACACCCAUCAUGGCAGACUUCCCCUCCAAGGUUACCACUGAGACCAGCGCACCCAGCGCCCAGGGCUCUCAGCAGGGGGGCAACAGCUUCUCAGGAAUGGCUGCUGAUUUCACCACCAUGGUUGACAUAUCUUUUAUUCGGAGCAUCCCGGCCAUCCUCAUGAUUGCAGAAGUGUUUUUUGGACUGCUCCAGUGGUCAUUGAUAGCCAGCGGACCACACUAUCUGCUGCCAGCGUAUGGCUGGGUGUUGUUUGUGGCCAUCAUUUUCUGGAUCCUCACCAUCAUCCUCUUCUGCAUGAUCCUGUUCAGUGUCCAGCGGCAACUCACCUUUGUCCCCUGGCCCCUGACGGUGAUGGCGUAUAACGGCGUAGCCGCGGUCCUCUACCUGACCGCCUUCCUGGCCAAUGCAGCAUCUGUGACUCCCUUCAGGUUUACCUAUUACUAUGGACAUUUGGCAGCUGCUGCUUUCUUUGGUGCUCUGACGACCUUGGCGUAUGGUGCCAGUGCUUUCUUCUCCUACUUGGACUGGAGGGGAGACGGAGUAAACGCUGCCACCAGCACAGUGCCGGCCUAGGACUUAACCUCGUGAUGCUGCUCCCGGGCAAACACUCCCUGUGUUCUCUUCCCUACAUAUACUGAAAUUAUUUGAAGAGUCCUGUGUUGAUACAGAACUAUCAACACAGCGUCACGUGACUACAACUGCAGACUGUGGUAACCCAAAUCCUGACUUUAGCUUAACCCCAGUAAGUGAUAAGAUGAAACCAAAUUCAGAUAUCUGAUGAUAUCUAUACAUUGCUGUUAAGUCAAACCUAAUGAACUUUACUAGAAGUAAAGAAAUAGAAAUUACUAGAUUAUGGACAUAUAAUUAGGCUUUUCGAUCCUGGACCUCUAAAACACAGUUCUUCUUUGAAGAAACUCUGGUUGUCUGCGCUGAGACCACAAAUUCAGGCUGGCUCAAAAUCAACCCAUUUCAUAAUAACUUCUUUUAAUCCCCAAAUAGUGCCGACAGUGCCUAAAUUCUAGAUAACACUGUGGGUGUAUUACCAUAAUAUAGUCAUAAACAUCUCCAGGUUGUAUUUGAAAUACACAUGUGGUGCCUUACUAUGAACUCAAAGCAAUGGACCAUAUUCACCUGGCAGCCAUUUUCCUCUGACAUCACGCUCAGGGUGGGAAGCUCCAACAUUGUGCUGGUGUGUUUCAGAUUGCAAGACCUGUAAACACUGGCAAUCUGACAAACUGUUUUCAUUUCACUGCUUCAUACUUGUUGAGCAACUGAAAAAACAAUAGAUAGUGAAAAUCUGGCAGGACAUCACACUAUAUUUCAAGAUAAAACAACAUUUCCAUAACAAAUAUGUUGUUCCCCUUUAAAACAUGGCCGGCUAUCCCUCCAGAUCUUCGCUAUCCACCACCUUUGCAGUUGCUGAUCAACGGGGAAGCAGUGAUGUGGUAACUAUCUGUCGGAUUCCUUGUUUUAUACAACUUGCAACCUGGAACACUGAAGCAAAACAUAGUCACAGCAUUCAAGCUUCCCACCCUGCACGUGAUAUCGGAAGAAAAUGGCCACCGUGUGGACAUGGUCCAUUGUUUGACAUCAUGGGAAUUUCACAAACUUGGCCUUCUUGCCAAGAGGAAGACAGAUCAAUACCACUGUUUGACUUAGCAAGAAUUUGUGACACAAGCGGAAACAGUCAGCCUGACUCUUACUGAAAUUGACUAGAUCCCCUCAACAUUUGCACAGAAACAGGAAGUAGCUGUUUUGCUCACGUUAUUUCUUGCCAAGGAGCAGUGACGUCCUUGAAGCUUUGUCACAGGCGAGACAAACACUCUGUAAAAUUUAAACGUGUUUUAGGUUGUUGUAUUAAUUAAACAAACAACAUAUGACGGGUAAUGGACUGCCGGUGCUGUUGGGUGGAUUUUGUUACCUGCGGACAGAGCCGGGCCAGCUCAUCCCCCAGGCCUCCAGUCUUAGUGCUACGCUAAAAUAACUAGUCGGUGGAUGUAGCUUCUUACUUAACAUACAGACGUGAGAUUGAUGUUCUUCAGCAAAAACAGAGAUGGAUAAUUGAUAGUGCACAUUUUCCCAAAAUGUCUCACUAUUCUAUCAAAGUGAAAACUUUGGGUCAGUAUGUAAGAACGUGUAUGCUGCCCCCUGUCUGUUUUGAUUUUGAAUCUGACAGGUGGCUAAUUUUUUUUACAUAUUGCACCUUUUAAAAUGCAAAACAAAGCCAAAAAAAAAGUGAUUUGUUCAUAUUCUGAAAAUCGUACUCUCCUACACAAAUUCUGAAAUUACUAUAACAGUAUAAGGUGUAUAAAUCAUUAUGAGGGAGCGAUUUUGAUGACAUUAAUUUGCAAAACUGCCACCAAUUAUAAAUAUCCAUCUGAAUUAAUAUAACCUGCUCCAAAAUCACGUCCUUGUUUGGCUGUUGAUUUGUACUGUGCAUAGUGUUUGCGGCCCUGUGUGAGUGUGGGGUUUGAGAGUGAGGAAGACAAACGGCCUGGUUAUAAGAACUCACUCUUCCUCCAAAAUAUGACAAUCUGACCAGAGACUUUGGUUAUGAACAUUUCUUUCUUCAGUGUGCGGCACUAUUUACCCGCGUCAUCCAUUAAGGUGAAAGAUGUACAAACAUAAUUAUUUAAAACAAACAAACAAAGGAAAAAAAAAAUCAGAAACAGUGUUCUCCGUGCAUCUUCCAUUAAAUCAGGUGCUUCUCAGAUCAAGGACAGCAACCUUUCAAAUGAAGGGAGGGGACAGGAGCCCAAUUUACAGCCUUUAAUUGUGCAAACAAACGGUUCAACCCUUCUGUGUCAUCAUCAGUCAGUUUUGACACUAUUGCCUCUUCACUGGAGUCAAACGGCCUCUGGUGAAGACACAGUUGUGUGGAAACAUUUGCACAAUUUAAGUCUAUGACAUUUGUCAGUGUGCUCCAGUUCCCUUUCUUCCUUUGAUAAUCACUUUAAGUAUGUUUAAUAUUUCUUGUUUACAGAGCAGUAUAGUUGUUGCAUUGGUUAGGCUGAUGAGUACCAUUAAAGGUCCGCGUCAUUACAUGUUCGACUCCCAUGUUAGCCUACUGUCAUGUUGUUAUUGGAAUGUUGGUCUAAUGACCUGAUAUGGUAGUGAAGAAUGACUGUAUGCGUCUCUUUGUCCUGCAGAAAUCCACUUAGAGUUCCUCUCCUGAAUAUCCAGGCUCAAAUAGACACUGGACAAAGCCAAACUACUGAUUAAUUUUAAAAAGUACAUGGGAAAACUGGCUGCUUUAAUCAGAUAUUCAGCAGGAUAUUAAUUUCUCCUGCAAUGAUUCAAAUAUUUUAAGUGUUAACAUUUUCUUUGAUUUAUAUGGUACAGUGCUCAACUCCUCUUGUAUGUGCCUUCAUGAAAUAUGUUGUAUCUUUUUGUACCGAGAAUUUGAAAAUAUUCACUAGUACUAGUGAAAUCCUGUGUGGGGUGCUUGGGCUCAAUCAUACAAGUGUUCAAAUAAAGCACUUUUUCAUUGUA